CGGAGCUUCCGGAGCGGGCGGAGUGCGCGGGAGAGUUGCGGGGCCGCUGAUCCGGUGGUUUGAGUUGACAGCAAGCACUUGGAAGUGUGUUGUCAUCGCUGUGUCCCUGUAAGCCCUGCACACUCAUGGUGAGCCCACUGAGGAAAUGGACUUGGAUCAGCUGGACCUAAAUCCCAGAAUUACUGCUGCCAUUAAAAAGGGCAGACUGAAGUCAGUGAAGGAGGUUCUGUGCUACUCGGGGGCGGACUUGCAGCGUCUCACCAGCCUGCCCAGCCACGAUGUGCAUCGCCUGCUGAGAGCAGCAUCUCUACACCUUCGGGGAAGCCGCGUCCUCACAGCACUGCAUCUGUUCCAGCAGAGGGAAAGCUUCCCCGAGCAGCAUCACCGCCUGAGCCUAGGCUGCCCUGUCCUGGAUCAGUUCCUGGGAGGAGGCUUGCCCCUGGAGGGCAUCACUGGCCUGGCUGGCCGCAGCUCAGCAGGAAAGACGCAGCUGGCGCUACAGCUCUGCCUAGCUGUGCAGUUCCCACGACAGUAUGGAGGCCUGGAAGCUGGGGCUGUCUAUAUCUGCACAGAAGAUGCCUUCCCCAGCAAGCGGCUGUGGCAGCUCAUUGAACAGCAGCAGAAGCUGCGGACAGAUGUGCCUGCGGAGGUGAUACAGAAGAUCAGGUUCAGCAACCAUAUCUUCAUUGAGCAUGCGGCUGACGUGGACACUUUGCUGGAGUGUGUAACUAAGAAGGUCCCCGUUCUGCUGUCAAGGGGCAUGGCCCGCCUGGUGGUGGUGGACUCCGUCGCCGCCCCAUUUCGUUGUGAGUUCCAUCUUCAGGCCGCAGCUGUCAGGGCGAAGCACCUGCGCUCGCUGGGGGCCGCCCUUCUGAGGCUAAGCAGCACCUUCCGGAGCCCAGUGCUGUGCAUCAACCAGGUAGGGGCAGCUGGCUGGGGGGGCGGGGAGGCUGCCCUUGACCAUGGGGAAAGCAAGCGGCUAGCUGGAAGGGAGGCAGCUGAGGCGGAUGCUGUCCCUAACCCUCACUUGCUUUUUUCAGGUAACAGAAAUGGUGGAGGACCAGGAGUCUGUGCCCAGGUCACUGGGGUGAGUGUGGAUACCUCAGAAUGCCAAACACUGGGGUGGGGUGUACAAGCACCAACACCCAUUUUGUGUCUCAGGGCAUGGGACGAGCGCCUCUCUCCAGCCCUUGGCAUCACCUGGGCUAACCAGCUUCUGAUGCAACUGAUGGCUGACCGGAUCCAUGAGGAUGAUGUUACCACAGGCCUACCCAGAAGCCCAGCUCGGACUCUCCGAGUGCUCUGUGCCCCCCACCUACCCCUCUCCUCCUGUUGCUACACAGUCAGUGGGGAAGGCAUUAGAGGGGUUCCAGGAACGGAGUCCUACUAACAGUGGGGCCAGUGAAUCAGCCUGACCAGGUCCCAAGAAACCCUAAUUCUGAUGACUCCUUCCAACAACCUGUGUCUGUCAGUGGCACCUGGUGAACAGGCACCCAGUGACAGUCAGUCAGUAUCUGCUCUCUCCUCCCUGGGGUUCACCUACUCUUGAGCCUUGGGGUUUGGCCUCACACUGCCCAUUAGAGGAUGACCAACCAACAGGAGCUCUGCCAGCCCUGAGGGUCUCCCUGGGACCUCAGAAUGGCAAGACUAAGCUCUUCCCUCUUCUGCUUUUUGUCUGGGACUCAGUAAGCAUCUUGGUGGGUUCUCCCUUCCUGCAGGAUGGUCUUAACUCCCCCCUGGUCCCCACUAUGCACACGCACACACGCGCGCAGUAACACCCACCACUCAGGCCAAAUGUGGCUUGUAGUGAGGCUCUCCCCAUGUCUCCCUUCCCAUACAUACAACAUUUUAGGGCAGAGUGGAGAGAACACUCUGAGGAAAGGAGAGGCCUAGCCUGACUCAGCUGCCUAGGCUAACUUAGUAGCAUUGGGCAACUUAGAAAAGGGACACUAGGCUGUGUCCUCGGUGAGGCCUGGCUGUACCCAGCAACUCUGGCUUGAUAGCGCAUCCAGGCUAGAAGGCACCACAAAGCAGCCAACAGGACUGCACGCUCGGCCGGCGGGCAGGCCUCCUGCUAACAUUUGCUCUGCACUCAGAAUCAACACCUUGUGGACGCGAGUCUCAACAGUCACCAAGGACUGUGGCCUCUGAGGACAGGGCUGUGGCUGUCGGUGCCGUGCCUCCAGAUCCUGUCAGGUAGCACAGCCUCCCACCAGCAAAUGUGCCAAGUGGACCCUCACCAAGAAGUCCUGCUGCUCCAGUGGUGUCUGACUCCUCACACCAGGACAUGCACUGUCACUGUCCCCACUCAAAUAGGGAAAACAGUCCACUUAUGGUAUAUUCCAUGACAUCUUCAGGGUGGCCCCACUCUCUUCUGAGCUCCUACCCCCCUUUUGGCAAUCCUGCAGACUAAACCUAGGGUCUCCUGCAUGCAAGUGCUCUACACGGAGCUACAGCCUGCUACACAGCCUGAGACGUUGAGGAUACCGACAUAAACGCGGGGACACAGCUGCUUGGGCAGGUUCAUACAAAACAGCUUCUCUGCAAAACUGGAGGGCUUGAUGCCAGGAAAUAAAACUUUAUUUUUAUAACAAAGUAUCGACAGUUCCGAAUUCUUUUCUAAAGAGAUUGUAUUGAAAAUUAAAAGACAGUUCCCAGACAGGUGUACUUAGAAGACAUGCCCAAAAGUUCCUAGGGCCUGGAUCAACCAGCCCUGAAGGUCCACCCCAACAUAGGUCCACCUGGUAAGUCGAGAGUGUCUUUCAGGAUACGGGAACACCUUGCCAACAGUAUCUGCAUUUAUGACAGCCAGCCAGCUGCCUGGAUUCCUGCUCACUUGCAUCACAGGUACAAUCAGCUCAAGACCGAGUGAAGGCGGAUGUAGGAGACAGAAACUAGGCUCACAUGCCCCAUAGGGAGGGCUCCAUGAGCUAUAAGCACACAUCUCUAGCAAUUAUUCAGUAUAUAUUCCUAAGAACACUUCCUUGGGCUGGCAAGAUGGCACAGAGAGGAAAGGAAUUUGCAAUGGCAACCUGGGUUCACUCUCUAGAACCAUGAGAACGGAAUGAAUGCAGUUAUCCUGACCUCCACGUAGCCAUUCUUACACACUCACAGACUUUCUACAUGACACCUCCAGCAGCUUUCCAGAAAAUUCCUAUCUGAACUCUUCCAACACCGAGGACCAUGCACCACCCACAAGCUUCCCAGUAAUAACCACAGCAGGCUGAUGACACGUCACGCUCUUGAGAUUCCUUUGCCACGUGGAACAGGAUGAAAGGGCAGCUGGGCCCUGCUUUCCUCCUGAGAACAUCAAGUGCAUACAAGUUCCCAGAGUGCUCCCCUGAAGCACAGUGUCAGCUGGUCAGGCCAGCCAACUUGCUCCAAGAUUCUGUCUCUGCUUUCUGCAGGCCUGGAUCACAGGAGGCCCCAUAGUCACUAGGUCUUUACAUGGAUUCUGAGGAACUCACACUGGUAAUGGCAAGAACUGUGCCUGCUUAUCCAUCUCCUCAGCCCCAACCAUGUGCUCUACCUUAAGACAGGGUUUCUCUGUGUAGCUCUGGCUAGCCUGGAACUC